AUUCCUGUCAGUUCGCCGCUAACUGCGACUGCUAUGAACGGAUAAAAUGUUAAAACGAAUUUCUUAUCAACAAAAUACUAAGUGUUAUGCUGUUGAUUUGUGUUGUUGCGGCUCAAUUAGUGUUUUAUUAGUAAAGUACCUGUUUUAUAUAUUAUAUGAAUCAUCAGCUAUACAUCGCACCUAACCACUUGUCAAGUAAUAUUUUAUAUUCACACACCGGUAACUAUGUUAUCAAUUAGUUUAUCAUCAAUUGGACUGCCGAAUUUUAAAUGAUGUGACCUCUUCAAUGUUCAUAACUGAUGAAUGCUGCGAUGCGUAUAUUUCUGUUGGUAUUUCUAUGUGUCGUGCGUAAUGUUUUACCGCAAACAGAACCGAAGAUCCUCAGCAUUACUUCAGAUCAAUGGGUAACUCAAAAGGAUACCGUCAUUCUUUCGUGUAAAGUUCAGAAUUCCGGCUAUCCGUUGUCGUGGAAAAGAAGCAUUAAUAAUUCAACUGUGGAGCAAAUUUCAACGGACACAACUCUCAUUAUAAAAAAUAACAGAUUCGCUGUGAACUUCGACAGCCCAACGUCAGCUUAUAUUUUAACUAUUAGUGAAAUCGAACAAUCUGACAUUGGUACCUAUAUUUGUGAAAUAUCACUCGGUCAGAAUAGCACUAACCUUAUUAAGGCAGAAACAAAACUAGAAUUCUUCGAAGAGGCUUCUUACUAUAAUUCUACCGAAACAGAAGUACAAGUAAAUGAAGGCAGUAAUUUCACUAUCCAAUGCUAUGCGAAUGGAAAGCCUAAGCCUACAAUUACUAUAAAACGCUACGAUGCUAGUUCUUCCGCUAUAAUAUCUUCUCGCCCUGGAAAUUUAUGGGAGAUUGAUAAAAUCACAAAACAAGACGAAGGAAAUUAUACCUGCGAAGCAGAUACACCGGCUUUAACGGUUAAAAGGAAUGUUAGGGUAUUCGUUAUCGCUAAACCGAUAUUUCUAUAUUGUACUACAAAAUAUGAUUAUUAUGGUCCCAAAUUCAGCGCUGAGUUUGUUUGUGUGAUUGAUUCGGUCCCCAGUAUUGAAAUUUUCUGGUUUAGAGAUGGAAAGGAUUUGACAAAAGGUGAAAAUUUGACUGUGGCAACUGACUAUAGCGUAUCAGACAAGAAACUUCACAGAGCAAAAUUAAACGUUUCCGGUGAGGAGAAAGUUGGUGUGUAUUUGAUUACAGCUAGGAAUAAAGUGGGCGAUGCGAACAGAACUUUUGCAUUUUCGAAUGGCACCUGGUCUGCGACGGCUAACUCUCCUUGCGGAAUCCCCGAAGACUCUGCUUGUGGGAGUAAUUUCUGGAUCUGGUUUGCUAUUUGCGUUGUGCUGAUCAUAGAAAUAAUAUUGCACAGAGAGCAACUAAAACUGGUUUUUGGUAAUGGAAAAAAGUGGUGUGAGGAACAAUUUCAUAAUUUUCAAGGUCGUCAAGUUGUUCAACAAUCAGCACCCGGUACAGGACCCGAUCAAGGAUUAAGGACAACUUCAUUUGACUAAUGAAAUGUAAUUAAUUCAAUUUUAAUUUUUUUUAUGAUUCCAGUUUUUUUUUAAUUUUUGAAUCAUCUUUCAUUAAUUGAGGAUUCGUUUGAAAAAUUACCAAUAUUUGAAAAUCAAAUUGCAGAGAUAAUUUAAAUAAUGAAAUUUACCAUUUACCUGCUACAAUCGAAUGUGAUUAAUAUUUUGUUUUGUGAUCGUAACUCAGCUUAUUUUUCAAUUUAAGCCAUCGUUUAAGUAAAAAAUGCAAAAAAAAAAUGUUUUUUGGUAUUUUUUUUAAAAAGACGAGUAGUCUAAACAAGUAGUCCAAAAGCCCGUUUUUGAAAUAUUGAAAAAAUACUUAAACAGUUGGGAACAUAAUUUUUUUGAAAAAAAAGCAGUUUCUCCAUUUUCUCUUUCUUUUCUAAUUUUAUCAUGAUAAUUUGAGUACCUAUAGAUUCAAUUCUGAGGUCCCUGGUGCAGAUUGAAAACUUUUUUUUUUUAAAGUAAAAACCACCUAAGUACUUAUAUCAAAAAUGUCUUAACCAGGGCUCGGAUUUUUAUGCUCGAGCAUAUUUUUCGUAUGCGUAGGGGAUAGGAAAUUUUUCAAUCAUCUCCGCGAUUCAUAAAAUUUUCGUUGAAAUGAGCCUAAUUCGUGAGAGCAUAUUUUAUCAUAUUUCACCUUAAAAGCAUAAAAAAGCAUAUAGUUUAGGGUGACAAUGAAAUACACAGGGAAAAAAUUUUGUUCAUUAUUUUUAUUACAGCACACCUGAAAAAUGUGCUAUGAGGUAUAAAAAAAUGAUCCCCAAAGUUUCAUCCCUCCAACUCGAUUUUAACCCGUGUCGCAAUAGCUCCAAAGUUUGGAAUGUAACAUCCGAGCGCGACCUUAGGAGUCCCACGGCGACGCGUGGUGGAGAAAUCGUUGAGUACGCGCUACAUGUACGAAGUGCAAUAGAGAGGAUACCCUGGGCUUUUUGUUUGGUGAUGAUUUGAUGUUUUUUUUCGUCACAAGCUAACCCUAAAACAGUUUUUAAAUUAUAUUUUCUACGAAAAAAACCGAUUUUUCUAUUUUAUUUUGCUGUGGAAAAAAAUUGAGCUUUUAACGCACGCUUUUGUUCGUUUCUCUAUACUUCUGUUCUUCAGCACCUGCAAAAAAAUCUUAAGGAUAUAAAAUUCACUUAUUAUGCAUAUUCAAUAUUUUUUCAGUCGCUGUCCAUGUCCGAUGGCCAUUAAUUACCUUAUGAAAAUCUGGGUUUCAUUUUAAAAAAAUUUGUUCAGUCAAUGUAAAUAAGUAUGUAGUUUCUAGCUAGGAUAUAAGGUGAAUGUUGGCCAUUGGACGUGGAUGGUAAGUGAAGAAAUAUUGAAUAAGUAUAAUAGGUGAAUUUUAUAUCAUUGUAACCUUUUGGUAUAGAGAAAUAUAAAACAAGAACAGAAUUGCGUUAAUCGAUCAAUUUUUUCCCACAGCGGAAUAAAAUGAAAAUUUUUUUUUUUUUUUUGUAGAAAAUGUAAUUUAAAACCUGUUUUAGGGUUAGCUUGUGACGAAAAAAAACAUCAAAUUAUCAACAAAAAAAUCCAGUGCAUCGUUAGUUCGUUACUCUAUUGCACUUCGUACAAGGCGAUCAUUUUUUGACACCACAUAGCACAUUUUACAGGUGUGCUGCAUUCAAAAAUCCGAAUUUUUUUUUCAUUGUCACCGCAGAAUACUUAUGCAACGCUCACCUUCUCAGUUUUUAUCGUUUUCGUUGUUUCAAAAUCGACUCGCUCUUGACUACCUCUUUUUUUUUGUUUACUAUUAUGUUCCUUUUCGUGAUUUUAAAGAUCAAAAAGUUCCUUACAUUUCCAAAGAUGACGAAAUUUGCAUCUCUUGUUCCUUUUUAAAUUUUAUAAUGAAAUAAAACGCCCCGUUUUGAAUUUUUGCUGAUGAAUCCCUAGUGUUAUCCAUAACAAUAUUAAUGAAAUCGUCUGGAAAUUGAUUUUCCCUGUUGAACAACACCCAUAUCAUUAUAGGGAAUAUUUUUACAUCUUAAGCAUAUUUUUGAAUUUUUUGGGGGGAAUAUCACGCAUUAUAUUCAGGGUUCUUAGGGAGAAAAUAUCCGAGCCUUGGUCAUAUCUAUCGAAGAAUUGAUUGACUUUCUCAAAAAACUCAUAUUAACAUAUUUUAAAUUAUUUUUCAAGUUUUUUGUUCUAAAUUCAAUUAAUGGGACAUCAAAGGGAACGAAAUUUCAUUGCGGAUCUCGUUCCAUUGAUCCCAUUUCAUCUAUGGUAUUUAACUGUCAAAAUGUUUCAAAAAAUAUUUUUUUAAAAAUACAAAAAAAAUCAAUGUUUUUUAACCUUUUUUUAUUUAAGUAUAGGUAUCCGAAAAACGUGUGUGUGUACUAAUCGUAAUAUUAUUCUAACCACUAAUGGACAUGAUCGAUGUGACGUCACAAUAUUUGACGGGAAUCAAUCCUAUUUUUUUUAUAAGACUUGCUACAUAUAAGUCAAUCAGAGCCCAGAAGAUCAUUUUGUGACGUCACAUCGAAAUUCAGAUUCAAGCUUUCUUACAGCUGAAAAAAUUCGCUGAAAUGGCCAGAUUUUUUGAAAAUUUUUUCAACUUCCUUCAAAUUUUAAUAAAAAUUAUAAAAAGCUUUCCGGCUGGACUAUAAACUUUUUUUUACCAGUUUGUUUGAUUCUGAUGGGGAUUUUUUUAGGAAAUUAAUUGGCGAUGAGAGAGAAACGAAAAUGUUGAUUUUUUGCUUAGUUUUUAGCAAUGUUUUUGGGUGCUAAUGGUUUCAGGUUUCUUCUUUUUGAGUACUUCUAAAGCCUGCAGUAGAUUUUGAAAAAAGUUUCCUCAACACUUUAUUCAAUAAUUUACUCUACAUGUUCUUGUACUCUUGCACUUGCAUUUUUUAAAUGUAAAUUUUAUUAAGCUGCUGUAAUUAGAUGAUAACUAUUCCAUGGUUCCUUAUUCUUAUCAGGAUUUUUUUUGAAAACAUUUUGUUUGUAUUCGUAUUAAAUUAACUUACUAACUAAGAAAUCAGUCAAACGUCGUACCGCAUAACGUCGUGCCAAGCACGACGUUUGACUUUAGAGAUAACCAAAAUAAAAUUGUUUUACUGCAAAAUGUUUCAUUGUGAUAGAAUUAUUGUUCCUUCUAAAAAUCAUUUACGUAUCUUAUAGGUUGGUAUCAUGUUUAGGUACCUGGGUAGUAGGUCUAGGUACUAUACGUAGGUACCUACUUAUUAGUUGUUUGUUAUAUUUUGAUGAUAUGUGAUAUUCAUAAAUUCUGACCUAAAUUAUAAUAUUAAACCAAAUUGAAUUUUUUAAAAAAUUGUUAGAUGUAUUACCCUAUUUAUAAAAAGUCAACUUGAUUAUAAUUUAUGCUUAAGCGGCAAAUAAUCGUUUGGGGCUUCUGAUGGUUAUUAUUACCAGAAGCGCAAACGAUUGAAAGAAAUGAAGAGUGAUAUUCCAAAACUCGCUUUGUCCAUUUUCACAACUUUUCAGGAGAGAGGAAAAACAGUUUCCCUUUAAACGGGUAAAUUGGCUUUUUAGGCGAGUUUAGCACUUUAUUUGGGUGGAUUUAUGAUGUAGGAGUGUAGGUAUACAUUUCAUCCACUAAAUACUGCUGAAAAAAAUGUCAAUAAAAAUGGACAAAACGCGUUUUGGAACGUUAUUUUUUUAAAAAUUUUCAGUGAAUUGGCUAUUUAGGUGAGUUUAACACCUCAUUUUGGUAGGCUGAUGAUGUAGGAAUGUGAGUUAAUACUUCAUCUACCAGGUACCACUGAAAACCCAAUUUUGAUAAAAAUGGACAAAGCGAGUUUUGGAAUAUCACUCUUCAAAUACAUCUUUUGCACUUUUCCCUAAAAUUUUGUCAGUAUGGCGGGGGUUCCCAAAAUACAUACCUAGCAUUAAAAUGUCAUACGCCCGAUUAUUUUUUUUAUUAUAAGUUCACUUUGACAGAGUAUUAUUCAAAACGUAACCAACCAAUCUGUAUGAAAUUUUCAUGGGUACUUGGACUUACCUGUGUAUUUUGUGCAACAUAUUAUUAAAAGGAGACUGCUUCGCAAUUUUUCAAAUUUGACUAUGAAUCGACCAAGUUUUCUCUUUUACCCUUAGCCCCUGCUCGAGGUAAUUGCAAGAUUUAAGGUCACUUUUUGGAAAAUUGCCCUUUUGCAUUUAUUUUUUUACACAAUAUUCGUAUUUCUUAUAGCUUUUACAACAUGAGGAAAGGAUCAAAAUCCGAUUAGAAACAGAAAUGGGUAACAAAAUUUAAUUAAUAUUAUAGUUAAUAGCUUACUUAGUUCUGUUGGGCUGUUGAAAUAACCAACCCAUUUUAAGAAUUCGACGUGAGACGAGAAAUUUGUUUGUUUAUAAUCUGUUGAGAAUGAAUGCGAAUUGUUUUCAAUUUUUUUCUUAUCUUUUAGUGCCAUGUCUAUAAUUUUUUGAUUAAAAGUAUCUCGUAAUGUAAUUUGAGUCUCAGGAAAGAGGAAUAUAUUGCCCUUUGAGGGGGAGGGGCUGAAAUGAGCUUUCAAAGAGAGGAAAUUUUCGAAAAAAUUGUGUUUAUUUUUUCACUCUUGUUUAUGUAUUUGUGUUUUAAACAUUUUUCUUCUAGAAUAUUUCGCAUUGAUCUCGCCAAAACAUCAAAAAGGAAAAUUUAUCUAAAAUUGAGGAAAUACACAACGUAUUUUGGAACGGAGUGGUGCCAAUUUUUGGUUCAUUAUACGACCAAUUUCAAAAAUUCUAGAAAAAAGUCGGAAACUUAUAAAAUUUUUUCGAUUUUUUUACAUAUUCAAUAAUGACUAAAAAAAUUGGUACCAUUUGUGUUAAUCAAUGCAAAAUAUUGGAGAAGUUAGGAACCCCUGCUUUGCAAAAGCGCAAUCGGUGCAUAAAAGUAUGUAUAGUUAUACAGCUGUUUAAUAAGCAUCACUGUGAUAUGACUAUGAGCCACUAUACUAUGAUAUGAACCCUACUAUUGUUUAUUCUACUCACAAUUAGACACUUGUACGUAAAAUAUGUUUUUAUUGUAAAAUAAAAAAUACUAACGAG